GGCCGGGUGGGCUUCGGCUCCGGUGUUAGCCAACUCUCGCUCCCCGCCUCUCUCCCCUCCCCUGCUGCCACGGGUCCGCGCCGAAGGGCCUGGGAAGGGUGAGGGGCGUCGGAGCCCGGGUCGGGGGCAGAGCAGAGCCGGGCCCGCCGUACCCCGCCCUCCGCCGCUGCUCGGUCCCCGCUCGCCUGCCGGACCCGGGCGCCCGGUCUCCCCGACGGCCCCGCGCUCCGCCGCCCUCCGCCAGGGAGCGCCCGCCGCGCGGCGCCCGGACGCGAGGGAAUCCCGCCAGCCGCGGCCCCGCCGGGACGGCUCGCUCGCCCUCCUGACCACCCGUGCUGCCCGCGCCUCCCCGGCACUCGGGGUUGCGGGCGCGGGGCAGAGGCGGCGGGCCGGCUUCCCGGUCUCGCGCGGCGGCCGCCCCGACUCCGCCCGUGUGAAAAGUCAGCCUUCGCGCCGCCGUCCCGGAGUUCCCAGCCGUGCGGAGCGGGCGCCCUCUCCAUUGUUUGCAGUGUAAUUUGCUGUUGCUGAUUUUGGCUGUGGGCGAAAAUAGCUCUCAGAGCAAGCAGCAGAGACGAGCCCUGUGGUGCUUCGAGAUGAAGACGGAGGCCGCAGCCUGAGCGCCGGUCCCUCCCGGGAGCGGACGCCCCCGUCGGCUCGGGAAGGUUGGGGGGGGGGGGACCUUGGCUCUCCUGGGCAGUUCGGCCCUCGGCGUGUCGUCCUCCCGUUGAGAAACCGCAGGUCCUCCACCCUGGCACUUGUUCUGGCGGAGGAACCUGGAGUUGUGCUUUGCUAACUACUCGUUCGAGAUCGCAGCAUUUGAGUGUCAGCCUCCCUGUAUGAAGUCCACAGGUAGAGCGACAUGACAUGAACACCCUAAGCCUGCCCCUGAACAUUCGCCGAGGGGGGUCCGACACCAACCUCAACUUUGACGUACCGGAUGGCAUCCUGGACUUCCACAAGGUCAAACUCAGUGCGGACAGCCUGAAACAAAAAAUUCUCAAGGUGACAGAGCAGAUCAAGAUCGAGCAGACGUCCCGCGACGGCAAUGUUGCAGAGUAUCUGAAACUAGUCAACAGUGCAGACAAGCAGCAGGCGGGCCGCAUCAAGCAAGUCUUUGAGAAGAAGAAUCAGAAGUCCGCUCACUCCAUUGCCCAGCUUCAGAAGAAGUUAGAACAGUAUCAUAGAAAGCUCAGGGAGAUCGAGCAGAAUGGAGCCUCCAGGAGCGCAAAGGACAUUGCCAAAGACAACCUGAAGGACGUGCCGCACUCCCUGAAAGAUGCCCACGCGAAGUCUCGAACUGCUCCCCACGGCACGGAGUGCGGGAAAUCGGGCAUGCCGGGCGUGUCCCUCACCCCGCCCGUGUUCGUCUUCAAUAAGUCCAGGGAGUUUGCCAACCUGAUCCGGAAUAAGUUUGGCAGCGCCGAUAACAUCGCUCACUUAAAAAAUUCCCUGGAGGAAUUCAGGCCUGAAGGGAGUCCGCGGGCCUAUGGGGGCAGCGCCACCAUUGUGAACAAACCCAAGUACGGCAGUGAUGACGAGUGUUCGAGUGGCACGUCGGGCUCCGCCGACAGUAACGGGAACCAGUCCUUCGGGGCCAGCGGAGCCGGCACGCUGGACAGCCAGGGCAAGCUCACCAUGAUCCUGGAGGAGCUGAGGGAGAUCAAGGACACCCAGGCACAGCUGGCCGAGGACAUCGAGGCGCUGAAGGUGCAGUUUAAGAGAGAAUACGGUUUUAUUUCUCAGACGCUGCAAGAGGAAAGAUACAGGUACGAGCGACUGGAAGACCAGCUGCACGACCUGACGGAUCUGCAUCAGCACGAGACAGCCAACCUGAAGCAGGAGCUGGCCAGUAUCGAGGAGAAGGUGGCCUACCAGGCCUAUGAGCGCUCACGGGACAUCCAGGAAGCCUUGGAAUCCUGCCAGACUCGCAUUUCUAAGCUGGAGCUCCACCAGCAAGAGCAGCAAGUCCUGCAGACAGACACCGUGAAUGCCAAAGUGCUCCUGGGGAGGUGCAUAAACGUGAUCCUGGCCUUCAUGACUGUCAUCCUAGUUUGUGUGUCUACCAUUGCCAAGUUUGUCUCGCCCAUGAUGAAGAGCCGCUUCCACAUUCUCGGCACUUUCUUCGCCGUGACUCUUCUUGCGAUAUUUUGUAAAAACUGGGACCAUAUUCUGUGUGCCCUAGAAAGGAUCCUAAUACCCAGAUGAAGCCGCGGGUUCCUGUCUUCAGGUUCUUUCAGAUUUAUGUUUUAAAGAAAACUGUGCAUUCUACCAAAUUUUCAAAUGAACGGGGUUGUGCUGACUAGAGGUGACCAGGCCUGGGCUGUGCAUUGUAAAUAACUACAGUUCCCUUCACACGGUAGUACUUGCCGGCUCAGUCCCCAUCCUUAGCGAAUGUGAAUCUGUUUCAGAGCUCUCCCCACGUCGCUCACUGCCUUAAUCACACCAGAUCUUCUGCCCACCUGACUAGCCCAGCAUGGCCAGCCUCUGGUUAUUGAGCAUUUGACAUAAUUAAUGAUCCAGAAGAAAAGGGAUUUUAAGUCUCUGUCUCUUAAGUCUCUAUCACAGUUGAGCUUCACUGUUGCUUGUGGUUGCAUUUUUUUCCCUGAGUCCUGUUAGCAGCAAGGAUGUAGCAGGACUUGGGGAGGGGAAGUACACGCAUUGGCCACGGUGAACCCUCGUGGCUUUUGAAAGUACAGAAAAUCCUGUGUCAUCCAGUCCACUUGUCCAGAGGACCCUAGGCCCCACCUGUUCCCAGUGUCCAUAGCGGUCAGUCGUGCGUGACUCACAAGUAACACGGAAAUCUUACGACACGCCUGUUGAUCCGUCAGACGUCUAACUUAGAUGUUGUCUUGCACUUUAAAUGGUAAGAUGCGAAGAUUUAUGAGUGGGGCUUUCACCUUCUAACAUCCAGGGAGCCACACGUUGAUUUUAUCUGAAGUGGCCGUUGAAUGCCUUGCCUUCAAGCAUGUAGAAAUUCUUCCAAAUCCCACAUCAAGCCAUGGCUUGAACAUCAGGGUCCAGUAAGCACUACUCUGGAGGUUUGUAUUUCAGCACAUCUUAAUUGUGAUAGACCCCCUGUGAGGACGUGAUUCACUCUAUUCCCUGGCUUGCGAGGGAUCGCAAAUCUCACUCCACAAAUGAAAACAAAUGAUGCUCGUGUCGUGGGGUUUUUGUUUUUCUUUAAGACAACAGAAUUGUACUUUUAUAAAGCGAAAGUGCUCUGAGGUAGGAGCUCUGGAAGCAGGAGGGAAAUAGGAUGUGUGGUCUAAUGGGGUGGCAGUCGGAUCAGGGGGAGCAGUCGACCUGGAUGGAGACUGAGAAGGUCCUCUUAUGACCCUGUGAGACCAGCCGGAAUCACAUAGAUUGAUCCAGUGUCCAAGCGAAGGCUGUCUGUCACCUCUCGGGAUCUUCCUGGAGACAAGGGCCCAGGUAAUAGAGGGGCCGCGCUUCUUCCCCUGAGGUGAAAACAUUCAGAAGUUAAUAUCCUCAACCUGUUUGAGGGAUUCUACUCACUACUUUCAGCCCAGAUGAUACUCCCCUUUAAAUCUCUUUCUCUCUGUACCUACUGAAAAUGAAGUUAGAAGAUUUUAAUGGAAACGGCUGUUCAGUCCUGCCUCCUGCCAUCCGCUCUGUUCUCUGAAGGCGUAAAGAUGUAUGUUAGUGUACAUUUUCUUCCAGAAAACAUCAAAUCGCCUGGAUUUAAAUUAAGUGCAAUAUUUUGCGAACAGCUGCUCUUGGGGAAAUCUCCUGAAAAAAAAAAAAAUGUGACAGUGCGCCAUGGUUUGAGAGAGUGGAACAGUCAAGCAUUUGGUACAAGUCCAGCGUGUGUGAGACUUAGACAACUCAAGCUUUCUUCUUUUAACUUGACAGUUCAGUGGUUUUAGUAAAUUCACAAACUUCUUCGACUGUCCCCACUAUCUAAUUCUGGACUCAAGCUUCUUAAAAACAGUGACGAUCAUUUUGUGAAAUCUUUGGCUGUUAAGCAUCUUGGAUUCAGGGAAGACGGAGUCAGCAGCCCUACCCCCAUCUCAUGGCUGUGUCCCCUUUCACCAUCAGACUCGCCCUUGUUCUGCCAAGUUGGCUGUAAACACACUGUGAUCCAUCAAACCCUGGGGACAGAAAAGAGUUCCAGAUCCAGGGAUGGGAGGGAGAAAGAACGGUGUGCUUUCUUUUGCUUCUGUAUUUUAACGGCCAGCAUUCUCGAGACUUCACCUGUGGGUGUCCGUCUCCAUUCGGCUGAGGGCUGGAUGCAGCUUCCACCCCUGGGUCCUGGUGGGCACCUCUCAAUUUCUGCGCCUCUUUCUGAGGCACUUUGCAUAUGCCAGAGGUUGUGGCGGAAGUAGAUACUGCUGUUAUUUUUUUACAGAGAGGGAGAGAGAUUUCUAGCCCUUUGAGGUUACGGGUUGCAGGGGAGGACCCAGGACGUGGGCCUGCUUCACUGGCCACCACGCUCCACUCGACAUUCGCUUUGACGCUUCCCAGACCUGCAUCCGCGUGUCUCCUCUCCGCUGCAGAAGUAGGGGAGGAAAUGGAAAGCCACACACUCCGCCCCUCCGCCCCCUCCAGUCUGGAGCUGUUAACAGAAGCGGCUAGAAACUGGCUCUGCUCUGAAAUCUAGGGUCUAAAUCAUCCCAUUGAUCAUGCCUUCUUUUGCGCAGAAUCUGUAUGUCCACCAGUUCUCGUUAGAUGUCAGAUAACUUUGUUUUCACUUGGGUAUGCUCAACCUACAUGGCAUGCUUAUUUUAGAGUCUUGUUGAAAGUUCAUGAAGCUUUUUAAUAAGUUGAUACACUCCAAGGAGACCUUUACCCUCUGUGGUUUACUGUUCUCUUAAGGAAUAAACCCUCCCAUUGUAUUUCCUUUCCCGCACAAGGGUAAGAUUAAAUAAAAUUUUAUACAUUAUUCAAUUAAAAAUAGUGAUCCAACUGGGAUAUAUCAUGGAAUUGGUUAUUUAAUUUACAUUUAAGUCAGCUAAUCCCUUUCCCCACCUUUCAUUCGUAGUAAAGAUGAAGCCAGUCAUGGGAUGGUCAGGCACCUGCUCACUCAGCAAACUUAGUGCUUUGAGAUACUGGACGUUGCAGGGGCAUCUGGGUGGCUCAGUCGGUUAAGUGCCGACUUCAGUUCAGGUCAUGAUCUUGCAGUUCAUGAGUUCAAGCCCUGCAUCGGGCUCUGUGCUGACGACUCUGCUUAGGAAUCCGUGUCUCCCUCUCUCUCUCUCUCUGCCCCUCCCCCACUCGUGCUUGUUUUUCUUCUGUCUCUCUUAAUAAUAAACAUGAAAAUUAAAAAAAAGAUACUGGAUAUGGCAUUCUAGCACAGGAUUUUUUUUGUGACAUACUAUUUUCAUGAUCACCAAGAUAAUGAUAGUUAGCUGAGGGCAAAACAAAAAUCUAAAAAUCCUCUUAUGUGGGUAUUGGAAUCAGUUAUCCCAGUUUACAUUUUGAGUAUCAUCAAGCCAGAACAAAACAUUGAACUCCCCCCCCCCGCCCCCCGCCCCCCGCCCCAAUUCAAACCACAAUGAAGCCGUAAAUAAAAGUACUCCACUGCUGAUUUUGUACAGAGAGUAGGAUCAGCCCCUGGUUUCUAGCAUGUGGUUUUGCUUACGUGAUGAGUAUGAACUGUUGACAGACUGAGAUCUCCGCUUCCAUUACGGCCCAAACGCGGUUAUCCCUCUCCAUCAAUUAACAACCGUGGGAAUUAGCCCUUCUACUUUGUCACUCUUGUUUUUAUUGGAAUAUUGCCCUGCUAGGUAUGUUUACUGCCCUGCUUUUUCUCUAGCAUAUCAGGUUUAAUUAUGGGAUCAAUAACUGUGAUGGGAAUUGGAGUCACUCAAGCAACUAUUUUUGUCCUUUUGGAUUGAAGUUUAAAUACCAAAUUGUUUUGCAUCAAACAGGAACAUCUUUGUACGGAAUCUAAGUAUGAUUGUAUUGGUUUGGAAAAGCAUUUCGGUAUGCUUAUUAAAAUGAGCCUGUGUGAUUAAACAACCUCUACUGCAUAUUUCUAUAAUUUUGAGGAGUGAGCCAGGAGUAGGGUGAAAUGGCAUUUAAGAUUCAGGGCUUUAGCUGGAGAGAAAUGUUUCAAGAAGUUUAACACACGUGCUAAGGAAGGAGUUGGUCUAAAAGGAUAAAUCACUGAAAAGAAUAAUAUUAGCCAUUUACAUCAAAAAUGGUUAUGAAGCUAAAAGAAGGUACAGUUAACAAGAGUUUGGUAACCCAGAAGGUAAAAAGCAGAACUAACCUAUAAUUUUCUAAAGUCAGUACAAUUCUCUGUUUAUAAGAAGCUGGAAAGUAAUGUAUCUUGAUUGUUUUAAGAAUAAUUUAUGUGUUGCAAUUUUAAUUUAUUUAAAACAUGUCUCCUGUGUUUGUCCUAAGAGAAAUGUUUCAACAAAACGUGCUCUGUGUUUAAGAUAUGUUUAGGCCGUAGCUAGCAGUUCUGAAAAUGGAAACUAGAAUGUUUAUUGUGAGGUCUUUUCUAGAAUUUCCAUUUGGUGAGAUACCAUAUAGUUUCAUGUCAGCCUAAAAUUGUAAAUUCUGCGUAGAUUGUCACCCUAUUCAAAGCAGGUGCCAUUAUUUUUUUAAAUAAACACUUGAUGUUAGCUUUGAUGUUAAAUAAAGAGUUAGAUUUCUUA